AUGUUUAUAUUGAUAUCAAUAAUCUUGAUUAUAUCUAAUGCAAAAUUAAUUAAAGGGUUAAAUAAUAACAGAAAAAUAUGUAAAUGUGAUUUUACCGAUAGAUUAAACUUUUCACCUAGUCAAAAAACAAAAAUUAUAUGUGAUCUAAAACCUAAUCAUGGUGAUGAAGUAAAAGUAAUAGCUAAUGAUAGUUAUGAAGUAAGUUGUUUCAACAAUUCAACAUUAUAUUGCCCUUCAAAAAAUUAUUACCAUAGUAACUCUGAUAUAGCGAAAUAUUCUCCAAAGUUAAAAUAUACAAAAAAAAGAACUAUUGUAAAUGGAAAAAAUGUUUUUGAAUAUCACUUAACUAUUGAUAAGGAUGCAACCGAUAUACUGUUUUAUUGUUAUAUAAAACCAAAACAAGUUUCUGAACUUUUACAAGGAGUAGUAAAAAUUGAUUUAAAAAGAGAAAUAAGUGAAGAAUAUUCUCAAGUUUCGGAAAAUGGAAUUCAUACCUGUGAUUUUUCACAAGGAAAUCUAAAUAUAUAUCCAUCACUCGGAUUUUAUUAUAAAAAUUCAAGAUCAGUAAAUUGUAUUUACAAAGUUAUACCAAAUAAUUUAUUUUUAAUAAAACUUCCUAAAUUAGAAAUAGUUACUGAACAGUUUUUGCCUGGUAUAGUAAAUUGCUUAUCUGAAUACGCUUUCAUUAAUUUUACAUUAAAACAUAUAGAAGAAUUAGAAGAUUCUAUCAUUUUUCAUAUCAUAUUUGGUGAAUUUAAAAAAUCUUUUAACUUAUCAUGCUCAAUGGAUUUAUCAGAAUAUACUAUAGAGCCAUGUUCAAUAGGAAAAAAAGGUAAUGUUACUUUUUUUUUUAAUGUAUAA